AGACGAUGGCUACGCCCAUUCCCGCGCUUGAGACACAAAAAGCGUGCCAUUCGCACCUUGCUGCGAUGUAUGACAAGAUUCAAAGCUCUGCGUCCAACAAGCUAUGGCAUCAAGCGACCCUUGCACUGGAGGAGCUCUGCAGAGACCCAUGCUUCUCCGAGGAGGGCAACAAGGAUCUGAUCACACUUUACAACGAGGUUGUGGCGGACCAGCCCUCUUCAGCACCAUGGACGGGGUUUGCGUCGAAGAUGAACCCUGUGAAGCAUGCUUCGUUGUGCAUAAGGGUGUCUUUGCAAUAUGGAGACUCCGAGGAAGGCAUCAAGUCAGCCAUCGCAUACCUCGAACAGGUUGGAACGAGCCUCGAAUCCGACAAAGAAGCGUAUCUUCUAGUGCGGUUAGAGAUCUCACGCCGCUUCUUGCAAUCUGGAAAAAUAGAUACUGCAAAGAGCAAACUCGAGGAGUGCAAGGAUGUUCUUGUAGACUUUGCUGAGGUCGAUGCGAAUGUGAACUCAUCAUUUUAUCUUGUGUCUUCAUUGCUACACAAGACUCUCGGCGAUGCUGGGGAAUUUUACAAGAGUUCUUUGUUGUACCUUGCAUACACACCCUUGGAGUCACUGUCGGAAGAGAAGCGACAAGCGUUGGCGUUCGAUCUGGGAUUAGCAGCAAUCUGCGCAGAGAAGAUUUAUCAGUUCGGCGAAUUAUUGUUGCAUCCCAUACUCCAAAGCCUUAAGGGCACAGCUGGAGAAUGGAUGGUUGACCUUCUUCAUACCUUCAACAAGGGCGACAUUGCUGAAUUUGAGAGGGUUUCCACAGAGAAUGCAGCAGCAAUCCAGCAGCAACCUGCUCUUAUCGGAAAUGCGCAGCGCUUGCGCGAGAAAAUCCGCAUCUUUGCGCUGUUAGAGCUUUUGAGAGACAUACCAGCAGAUUCGAGAACGGUUUCAUUCGCGCCUAUUGCUGAACGUACAAAACUUCCGGAAGAUGAAGUCGAGCUUCUGGUCAUGAAAAGCUUGUCACUUGGAAUCGUGAAGGGAACAAUUUCGGGCGUGGAGAACACAUUCUUGGUCACAUGGGUUCAGCCUCGUGUGGUUGACAAAGAAGCCAUCAAAAAGCAUUUGGUGAAGCUCUCGGAUUGGAUGGAAAAGGUUCAAAGAACGUCCGAAUUCCUUGCAACUGAAACUCCGGAGAUAGUCGCUUAAUUGCUCAAAUUUUGUAGUUGUGAAUGCAGAAACAUCCAAACGU